CGGAAGCUUUUAAAAACGAAAAUAAAUAAAUAACACUUUUCAAAGUACACAUUUUGAAAAAGGAUUUCGAAGCACGCAGUCUUUUGGCAUCACUUUUAUUGAAAUUUAUUGUUUUAUUCAUUUUCCGCUUCCAUAUGUGAUAACACAUUAUAUAGAGUAACCAUGAAACAAGAAGUUUAUGAUGCUGUUCUUGAAAUUCUGAGCAGGAAGCCGUCUUUCAAUGAGGGUAUCUUGGUACUGAGAAAAACCUAUCCGAACAUUGUGAAAACUGUUGGGGAAAAGACUCUAAGAAGUAUUCAAGCUCAAUACUAUGUGAGACGAAUGAGGCGUUUCCACUACCACCACUACCGCAGAGAGACAAGGGAGAAAUACUACAAACUAUACAAGGAAGCCAAGUCUAGAUCAGAGGAGCAUGUCAUUGCCAGAUUAGCCGCUAAGAAUGACAUUUCUCCAUGUUUGCUUGCAAGAAUUAUCCUGGAGGAGUACUACUUGAAUGAUGUAUACCAUGUGGGCAGAGAACGCGGGGAAGGCAGAAGUGCAUUGCCCCCUGGAGUUAUGACAGACUGUUUUCGAGACAUAGCAAAACUUCCAAAUCCAGAGUUGGCCGCAGAAAUAUAUGAGACGACUAUGCUGGACAAUUUUUAUGGUCCAGCUGUUGACAGUAUCAAAAAAACUUGUGGUGCUGAGUAUGAAAUCAUCUUACAGUCUCACUGUUUGAGAGCUGGUUUGUCCUUCAUAGAUGAAGACCAGAUGAGAGACGAAGGCUUUGACAAAACUCCAGACAUAAAACUGAAAAUUCCCAUAAUGAUCAACAAGCGUGUUGUCAACUGGAUAGAGAGCAAAGCAUCUUUCGGUGACCCAAUCAACCAUGAACAGUAUACCAUUGAUCAGUUCCUGCCAUAUAAGAACAGGUUUGGUUCUGGUGCUGUCAUCUAUUGGUUUGGUUUUGUGGACGAACUUGCGGAUAAUGGAGAGAGAGGCAUCCUAUUGUUGGACCAUUUUCCCAAAGCUGAAGAUAUCGUGCAGUUGAAAGAUGUGUUGGAAAAGAAACCGAAGUUUAAUUUUGAACAUACUUCAGAAACUGUUUGUGAACCAACAGCUUAUGAAGAGGAUGAGGAUGACAGAUUUUACAACUAUGUUGACCCUAUGUUUGAUUCUGAUUGUGAAUUCUAUGAUGAGGAAACAGGUGGUGAAAGUCUAUUAGCAAGAAAAGUCAGUAGUGUUAAUGAUGGUGGAUGUCAGGACUUUGACAAGGGCAGCGAUAGUUCAGGUAUUGUUGUAGAUGCCUGUGGUGUGACAGAAUCAGCUGAUGUAAGAGAAUUGUCUUUAGAUGAUCGCCUUCAGCACAGUGUUUCUUUUCCUUUAGCAGGCAUUGUUACUGAGGAUGCUGAUUCAACAUCCAGGUCAGAGAUGGCGCCAAAUAGUUGUGAACCGGAGUCUGCUUCAAAGACUUUGCCAAUGGGUCCUGAGCCAGUAUCUGACUCACAGAUAGUAUGUAAAAGCGCCGACCCGGUGUCUAACACUAACACAGAAACUGUACAUAAUAAUGUUACCGAGAGUGCUGAAUCCAUUUCUAGCUCAGAGACCUGUGAUAAGACUGUAGAAUCGCAGUGUGAAUGUGAAAGGAGCAUGUGCUAUCAGGAAUCAGCUCAAAUAAUGUCUAGUGGAAUUGCAAAUUGUUGUCACAAAGAGAUUCAAGAAGGUCAGGAUCUUGACUCAUGUCAAAACUCAAAAACAACUGUCUCUUCCCAAAAUCCUGUUCCCUCUUUAGUCUCAGCAUCACAGUCGCCGUGUUAUACAGUGCAGCAGGAAAGUGACUGUCCUGGCCAGUUACAAAGAGCAGAAGCCUACAAAAUUGACACUUCUAAUUUGCCUAGUCAGGCAAGCGCUAGUGCUGGCCAAGGAAAGAGGAAAAACAAGAAGGGUAGAAAGAAGAAACGGUAGUCAGGAUACUGUAGUAACAAACAUAACAUGAAUUUGAAAUAAUUUAUAGAACAUUGUUUGAGAGUUUAGCAAUGUUACCACCAUGAGCAAGUGUGUACGAUCCAGUGAAUAAAUUUAUCAAUCUUGCUUUGUGUAAA